CUACUGGUCCACAUUGCUUCGUGAGAAUCUCCUACUGAGUCCUUACUAAGUAUCUACAGUCAGGUUCCUGAUUCUCUACCUAAGACCUACGAAAUAAACAUCGGAUGAUUAACCCUACCGCGAAGGUAUCAACAAAUUUCAUACACAGGCUACUAACAAUAGGUAACAUGAAGCCAAGCAAUAUGACUCUGUACGUUUGGACACCGUCGAGACUCGUAAUAAGACGAGGGGGGAAAAAGUAUAUAGACCACACCUCCUUCCCAGGAAACUUCGCUCCUCAGUUUUGGCAUCGAUCUUAAACCGCAAGAAUACAGUGCAUACGCACACCAUAGCACCACAGCAUUUUCUUCAAAACAUUUCACCCCUUUUAUUACCACCUCGGAAAUACCAUAUCUACAAGCGACACGAUGUGCAACGCCUGGAAGAGCAAGUUCAUGGCCUGCGGGCACAUCGCCCCCGACGACGAGAUCGUCUCGUGCGCGAACUACGACCCGUACUCCACCUCCUCCCCCCCAUGCCAGAUCUGGACGCACCCGCCCAGCGAGGUGCGUCCGUACGCCCCUGGAGAAGGAUGGGGCGACUGCGAGUCCUGCGCGACGCGCAAGACGCUGAACGACCAGUGGGUGCGGGCGAUGGGCUCGUGCCCGGACAGCAAGUACCUGCAGUACCUGCAGUCGCGCAACUACCUGUUCAUGCUCGACUGGGUGUCGAUGGACGACAAGAAGACCGUCCAGGACCUGAUCAUCCGCAUGUGGAUCGACUACGGCGAGGUCACGGACGUGAAUAUCGCGCUCAAGGGCUUGGGUUAUGAGGUCGAUGAGAUGCCGAUGGGGCUGGCGAGGAAGCGGCGGAGAGUGGGUGAGGACGGACAGGAGCAGGAGCAGGAGAUUACGCCCGCGCCGAGUGAGGAGUGGGAUGUGGCGACGCCGCGGACAAGGCGCGAGGAUACGGAUGAUACUGACAUGAGAGAUCCGUCCGUGAACGGGGAUGGCUGGAGAUUGGAGGCCGGAGAAGCGACCGAUUGGCUUGAUAUAGGGGAGUCAGGAAACGCCGAUGACGGGAGCAUGAUUCGUCAAAGCAUCGAGUUUGAUUGGGCAUCAAGCCAGAACGAUAACGAAGAUGACGUUAACAUGCAUCGUCAUAGUAUCGACAAUGAUUUGGCGUCAGACACCACGAUUUAGAGCAGUAGUAGAUGGUAAACAGGUAGUCAGGGAUUUUCAUAUUACAUAGGACAGGAUAGGUGGGACAAUUAAUUAAUCAGGUUAGGUACUCCUAAUGCCUCGACCUCAAAGGAUUCCUUUUCUUAUUCUUCGUUCUUUAUGUAGCAGGAAGGGCGAUGAACUA